CGUCUUUCCUCUCUCUCUCUUUUUCUUUGGCUGGGGGCUCGUGCUAACGCUGCCGGUGCCAGGACGGAGCAUCCCUCCGCAGCACGAAUUCCCUUCCCACCUGCUCGGGAAGUUUCUCCUCCAUCCCAGGGUGGUGAGAAGAAAGGCAGGAGGCGGUUUGGAACGUGAAGGGUGGGCCGGGGGACACCAAGUUCCUCUUGCCUUCCCCAGAAAUUUGGGAUCAUAGACCAUGAACGGCUCCUUUUUCAACCAGACUCUCCUAGAGCAAGGGGCUUACCCCAACAGGACUCAGGGCUUGGGGAUGCUCAUGGCCUGUUGCAACGGGACUGGCUCGGUGCUGGCGACCGAUGGCGGCUCCUCGGUGCUGGCGCCCGAUGAGAGGAGCCUCUACAUCACGCGGGUGGUGCAGAUCGCUGUCCUCUGCGUCCUCUCCUUGACUGUCGUGUUCGGCAUCUUCUUUCUGGGCUGCAACUUGCUCAUCAAGUCGGAGAGCAUGAUUAACUUUCUGGUGAAGGACCGAAGACCUUCCAAGGACGUGGGAGCUGCGAUCAUGGGACUUUACUGAAGCCACCGGGCUUUUGUAGGCAAGUGAGCUGUCCGGAUCUGGUGCUGAGAUGCACUUUCCCCGUGGGGGGAGUGGAAAGGUGGGAAGGCAUCUUUUAAUAUGUCUGUGUCCAUGGGAAAGCAAAUCUGUGCUUCCCAGUCAACAAACUCUGUUGUGGUGAAUGGGGCAAUCUCUCCAGAGUUGUACGAAGCGCAAUAAACGACCAGCAUUGUGUUGCAUGCAGAAA